CAGAAUGGAGAGCCACAGACGCUGGAGUAGGAGGGCGAGCGAGCCAGGGCUCGGAGGCGAUUCCUGAAGGUGGAUUGUUCCUGUUGUCCGUCAAACUAGUGUUGUUGAGAAUGAUGUUCUUUCAAGCAAUUAGAAUGCAAGAGCGGGAAACAAGCCUGUCAAGUUUAGUUUUGAUAUUUCUUUCGCAGAGAUCUAAAAGCUUGAUGAAUAAUUGGGGGAAGCCUCUGGUUUCUUGUUACAAUAUUCAUGAUUGAAGGAUGGCCCCACUUCGAUCUAUAGGGUACACUGAUCCAGGAUGGGAUCAUGGUGUUUCUCAGGAUGAGAAGAAGAAAAAGGUGAAAUGCAAUUAUUGUGGGAAGAUAGUAAGCGGGGGAAUAUACAGAUUAAAACAACAUUUAGCUAGAGUCUCUGGUGAAGUUAAAUGUUGCAGAAAAGCUCCAAGGGAGGUUAUAUUGGAAAUGAAAGAAAAUUUGGAAGGAUAUCAGGGUAGCAGAAAGCGUAGAUUGGUUGAGGAUCAACAACAUUUGUCUAAUUUUCAAUCAAAUGAUGAGGGUGAAGGAGUAAAUAUUGGUUACAAAUGGAAGGAGAGACUGGGAACCAGCAGCCAAAGUGCGGGUCCAAGCAUCACAAUUCUCCGUUCUUCUGGUUUUGUUGAUCCUGGUUGGGAGCAUGGUAUUGCUCUAGAUGAGAAGAAGAAAAAGGUGAAAUGUAACUAUUGUGAGAAGAUAGUAAGUGGGGGUAUAAACCGUUUUAAGCAGCAUUUAGCUAGGAUUCCUGGUGAAGUUGCUUAUUGUAAAAUGGCUCCUGAGGAAGUAUAUCUUCAGAUAAAAGAAAAUAUGAAAUGGCAUCGUACGGGCUGGAGAAGAAGGCCUGAAGUUAAAGAACAUAAUGCCUUUUAUGUGAACUCAGAGGCUGAAGAAUUUCUAGAUGAUGGUAAUAAGCCUAUGCAGUUGCCCGGCGAUAAAGAUGUCUGCUUCGAUCAGCCAAGAAGAAAAGUGGAGAGUUCAUCUUUAGCUAUAGAUGGCAAUGAGGAGCAACAAUUAAAGCUCAAUUAUUCAUGCAAAAGUCAAUCAACAUCAAAGUUUAAGCGGCCUAAAUUAAAAACGGGGGAUAUAAAGGGCCAUAACGAUGUAAUAUCUGCAAUCUGUAAAUUCUUUUAUUACGCUGCUGUACCUUUUAGCGUUGUAGACUCCCCGUAUUUCCAUAAAAUGCUUGAUUUGGUUGGUCAGCAUGGACAAGGAUUGAAAGUCCCUUCUGCCACUGAAAUUUCAGGUCGAUUACUCCAAAAUGAAGUUGCAGCAAUAAAAGAACAAAUAACAGAAGUUAAGGCUUCAUGGAAUACCACAGGCUGUACUGUUAUUUUAGAUAAUUGGAAAGAUGUGCAAGGAAGAACACUAAUGAAUACGCUAGUAUCUUGCCCUAGAGGAACUUACUAUAUUUCUUGUAUUGAUGCAUCCGAUAUAAUUGAAAACGUUUCUAGUCUUUUCAAAUUAUUGGACGGAGUAGUUCAGGAGCUUGGAGAAGAAAAUGUCGUGCAGGUGAUCACAGAAAACACAGACUGUUUUAUAUCUGCUGGAAAGCUGCUGCAGGAAAAUAGAAGAUGCUUAUUUUGGACACCGUGUGCUAUUUAUUGCAUCGACCAAAUACUCGAAGGUUUUCUGAAAAUAAAAUGGGUUGAAGAGUCCAUUAGCAAAGGCCAAAAGAUCACCAAAUUUAUUUAUAACCAUAUCUGGUUACUAAAUCUUAUGAGAGAGGAUUUCACUGGAGGAAGAGAACUUCUUAGAUCAGCCUCUACUAAGUUUGCUACUAGUUUUUUUACAUUGCAAAGCUUGCUAAGUCAUAGGUCGGCUCUCAAAAGAUUGUUUCAGUCUAGUAAAUGGCUUUCUUCUCAAUUAACCAAGUCGGAUGAAGGAACAGAGAUUGAGAAAGUUGUUAUGAACUCCACAUUCUGGAAAAAGGUACAAUAUAUAUGUAAAACUGUAGAACCUUUGUUGAAUGUGAUUAAAAAGAUUGCAAGUGGUGAAGCCUUGCCUAUGCCUUUUAUCUAUAAUGACAUCUACCGAGCAAAGGCUGCUAUAAAAGCUAUUCAUGGAGGUGAUGAGCGGAAAUACAGUCCUUUUUUGAAUGUGAUUGACAGUUUUUGGGAUUCUCUGUUUAACCAACCUCUUUACCUGGCAGCAUAUUUCCUUAAUCCAUCAUUCCGUUAUCGUCCUGAUUUCAUGGCGCUGCCAGAGGUGAUUCGCGGUCUCAAUGAAUGCAUUACUCGAUUGGAACCAGAUAGCGGGCGGAGGGUUUCUGCUGUUGCUCAGAUUUCUGACUUUGUUCUUGCUAAAGCUGAUUUUGGAACUGAGCUGGCUUUAAGCACAAGGUCUGAAUUGGAUCCAGCUGCAUGGUGGCAACAACAUGGAAUUAGUUGCUUGGAGCUGCAGCGAAUUGCUGUUCGCAUAUUAAGCCAGACAUGUUCGUCCUUUUGUUGUGAACACAAGUGGAGUGUCUUCGAUAAUGUUCACGGUUCGAGGCAAAAUCAAACGGUACAAAAAAGAUUGGAUAAUUUUGCAUAUGUGCACUAUAAUUUGAGACUCAGGGAGAGGAGGUUGAAGUCAUCAAGUGAUGACUAUAUUUAUCUUGAUAAUUUUUUGUUAGAAAGCUUGUUGGCAGAUUGGGUUAUUGGAACUGAGAAAACAGCCGCGCAGGAAAAUGAGGAAAUUCCUUGUGAUGAGAGGGCGCAACGAGGGAGUCAUCAACAUGAGGUGAAUGAUGAUGAAUAUUUUGAUGUAGAGGUAGGGAGCAAUGUGUUUGGGCAUAUUGCACACACUUCACUUCAUCCUUCAACCGCAGGAGCUGUAAAUGAUGUGGAUGAUGCUGAUCUAGACUUUCUUGAUGAAGAUUAUAGUGAUUAG